AGAGCGACCAUCAGGGAAAGGGUUAAUCCUCGCACCCCGCCCCACGCCCCCAGCACGUCCAUGGCUUUGCCGGCAGACGCACUCAGCAGCUUUCAUCUGCUCACCCGCUGAAGACGGCUUGCUUUCAGAUUUGCAACGAGUAAAGAAUAUAUAUAUAUUUUUUUGUUAAUUUAUUUUCGUGUAGGAGAUUGCUGUGGGUUAGUGUGCGGGUUUUUUUAUUUGAGAAAACAUGGCCGGGAAAGAAAUUGUACAAGGUAGCAGUCGUCUGCUGUUUGCACUCGGAGUGAACAUUCUCUCAUUCCUGGCUUGUGGAUCCGGAGCAGAGGAAACUGAGAAUCUGUCUGGGCUGGCUAAAAUACCCGGAAAGGACAUCUUUGCCGUGCGAGAAAACGAGACCACUUGCCUGAUGGUGGAAUUCGCCGCAAGGUUCCAUAUCCCUUACGAUACCUGGGCGAGCAACUACGUGGAUCUGGUGACCGAGCAAGCCAGCGUGUCCAUGCCUGGGAACGCGCAGGUGAAGGGCCGGUGUGCACGGGGAGCCACCGCACAGCCCGAGAUAAUCAUCUCGUGGAGCGACGACUCCUACAUACUCAAGCUCUACUUUGACAAGGAGACCCGCAACGUUACGAAGAGACGGCAGCAGCAUUUCUGGAAAGUCAGCAAAAUUAAAUUCACCUAUGACACCUCCGACAGCGCGCACUUCAAAGACGCCGUCAACGUCGGCAAGUUCACCGCGAUCAGCAACCCACACAUGGCGCUCUUCCUGACGCCCAUGGGCCACUCGUACUCGUGCCUCACCACCGAGACGAUCUCGCUCAGCGCGCACGACCGGCAGAAAUUGGUCGUUUUCAAGAUUUCCGAAGCCAAGAUGCAGCCCUACCAGAUCGCAGGCGACUUCCUCUACGGUCCAGAGAGCCAGUGCACGGUCGACCAGCGUGAGAGCCUCGAGGAGACCCUGCCGCUGGCUCUGGGGCUGGCCCUGGGCCUGCUCAUCGUCGUCAUCAUCGGCGUCUAUCACCUGCAGCACCGGCUCAGCGGCUCCGCUCAGCCGCAGCAGGAUCGCGCCAACUACAAGGAGAUGUGAAGCCCGCGGCGGCUCCUGUGGUGCGGAAAGACGUCGCCAUCCGUCGUAACGCCGACGCCGCAUCAUAGAGAGAGCUUAUAUGCUAAGAACAACAACAACAACAAAAUGUGCCGCUGUUGCUGCUGCUGCUGCUGAACCACCGUCUUUCAUGGUUGCUGUGAUUACCAUACGAAAAUUUUAAUUUAGAAAAAAAUCGUUAAAGUAUCACGGUGAGGGCCAACUGCCUGUACAGCGUUGAGGCCACUAUAGAUUGUUUCUUGCCGCGUGUUAUGUGUUUGGCUGCGAUUUGUUUAUUCUCAAGAGAAAGUGUGAGAAAAAAAUAUGCGAAAGCCACUUGUCAGUCAAUUUCAAUACAACUGGAUCACGUGGACGAAAAUAUGAAUUGGUAAACUGAAACCCCAGUCUUAUCGUGUGGAAAUUAUGCGUCGUUUACGCAUCUACGCGACUGGCUACCAAUUUAACAUUUUAACACCUUGUUAUUUAGAAGUAAAUUAAAAAAACUCUUCUGUUACAGAUAUAGAUAUAGUGCUAUCGCUUAGUUGAUAGGCAAGAAACGACAGUCUUAUUGGACACAAUGGCAUUAUAUAUAUUGGAGAUGCCCCCCCUUAUUUUUCAAGAUGCUCAUCUUACAAAAUCCAUUACGACCACCUCACACAAAAUGCUAAUGUGAAAAUAUACUGUAUUAUCUGAUGCCACUGUUGUUCAGGAAAGAUUCCAUUCCACAGACCGUUAAUCCAUUUUUAUCUCAUCCGUGCAUUAAGAUGAACUCAUGAAUACAUUAAAUAUGGAAAUGCAACUGCCAUGAUAGUAAUACCGUUGAUAGUGAUUUCUUUGACAUAAUACUGUAGUCAGUGUGCAAUUUGUUGUUGAUGCCUGAUUGUAAAGUGCUCCUAACUUAAAUGCAUUUGCGAUAUUUGCUUAAUAUGAACGUGGUUCCGUUAUCAUAUCAUAUGUUUUCUACUUGCACAAAUAAUAAUAUGUGAUUGAAAUAUAUUGAAAUGUAGCUACGGAAUAAUGAAUCCGCUGGAUUACGAAUAAUGUGUGAGAAUAGUGAUCGUUGCUUUAGUGUUUUCAACUUGGAUGCGAAUAUGUGCGCGCUAAGCCACUGAGACCAAAGCAAGUCCAUGCUGAUAGCUACAUUUCUUGUUGUAUGGGAGCCUGGAGUAACAUGGUUUAUGUAAUUUCAAUUGGGCUAUUGCUAAUCGCUUAUGUUUUGAAUUGGUGAUGCUGAAAUGCAAACAUUCAUUGCUGCCGUGGAACGUGUGUGUCUGAGUCGACAGAAAGUGUUGAAUAAAUGACGAAUCAUUGACAUCA